CUGCGUCUCCACCCGGAAGAGCUGCCGGGGCUGCAAAGUUGAGGCUGUGCGCGGCUGGGCGAUCUUCAGGAGCGCAGGCCUGGCCGAGCAGCCGCGCGAAGCUAACACUGCGGAGUCUGCGCGCCCCCGCGGCCCGAGGCGCUCCGAGCGGCCACGCGCACGCCCCGCCCCCACUGGGUUCCUCGUGCCCCGGGGGCUGCGAGGACUACCCCGCCGCUGGGCCGGAGCUCCCGCGCCUUUGGGAGGAGCGCGUCCCCGGCGACUUCUGACACUGCGUGUCAGCCGUAAUCUAGAUUUAAGAUGAAUAAUGAUCAAGUUAUGCUGGUGGGUCAAGUGUUCGAGUCAUAUGCUUCAGAAUACCAUAAGAAUGACAUUCUUCUGAUCUUGAAGGAGAGAGAUGAAGAUGCUCAUUACCCAGUUGUAGUUAAUGCUAUGAACCUUUUCGAGACCAACAUGGAAAUUGGAGAAUAUUUCAAUGCAUUCCCCAAUGAAGUGCUAACUGUUUUUGAUAAUGCACUCCGAAGGUCAGCCUUGACAAUUCUCCAGUCCCUUUCUCAGCCUGAGGGUGCUUCCAUGAAGCAGAAUCUACAUGCCAGGAUAUCAGGGUUGCCUGUCUGUCCUGAGCUGGUGAGAGAACACAUCCCUAAAACUAAGGAUGUGGGACACUUUUUAUCUGUCACCGGGACAGUGAUUCGAACAAGUCUGGUGAAGGUGCUGGAGUUUGAACGAGAUUACAUGUGUAACAAAUGCAAACAUGUAUUUGUGGUCAAGGCUGACUUUGAGCAGUACUACACCUUCUGCCGGCCAUCCUCGUGUCCCAGCUUGGAGAGCUGUGAUUCCUCCAAAUUCACCUGCCUUUCAGGUUUGUCUGCAUCUCCAUCCCGGUGUAGAGAUUACCAGGAAAUCAAAAUUCAGGAACAGGUUCAAAGGCUAUCUGUUGGAAGUAUUCCACGAUCUAUGAAGGUUAUCCUGGAAGAUGACUUAGUAGACAGUUGCAAAUCUGGUGAUGACCUCACUAUUUAUGGGGUUGUAAUGCAACGGUGGAAGCCCUUUCAGCAAGAUAUACGCUGUGAGGUGGAGAUAGUGCUGAAAGCCAACUACGUCCAAGUAAAUAAUGAGCAGUCAUCAAGGAUUAUUAUGGAUGAGGAAAUCCGAAAGGAAUUUGAAGACUUUUGGGAAGACUAUAAGAAUGAUCCCUUCGCAGGAAGGAAUGAAAUACUGGCCAGCUUGUGCCCUCAAGUGUUUGGGAUGUAUCUAGUAAAGCUUGCUGUGGCCAUGGUGCUGGCUGGUGGGAUUCAAAGGACUGAUGCUACAGGAACAAGGGUCAGAGGUGAACCUCAUCUUUUAUUGGUUGGGGAUCCUGGCACAGGGAAAUCUCAAUUCCUCAAAUAUGCAGCCAAGAUUACACCAAGAUCUGUGUUGACCACAGGAAUUGGAUCUACCAGUGCAGGUCUGACGGUAACUGCUGUAAAGGACUCAGGAGAAUGGAAUUUGGAGGCUGGGGCAUUAGUACUUGCAGAUGCAGGCCUUUGCUGUAUCGAUGAGUUUAACAGCCUUAAAGAACACGAUAGAACCAGCAUCCACGAAGCAAUGGAACAACAAACCAUAAGUGUUGCUAAGGCUGGCCUUGUGUGCAAGCUAAACACAAGGACCACCAUACUAGCAGCAACCAACCCUAAAGGCCAAUAUGAUCCCCAGGAGUCUGUGUCUGUGAACGUCGCCCUCGGCAGCCCACUUUUAAGUCGAUUUGACCUGAUCCUGGUGUUGCUUGAUACCAAGAAUAAAGACUGGGAUCGUGUAAUUUCCUCCUUUAUCUUAGAAAAUAAAGGUUACCCAAGCAAAUCAGAGAAGCUGUGGAGUAUGGAAAAGAUGAAAACCUACUUCUGCCUCAUUAGGACUCUCCAGCCCACUCUGUCUGAUGCUGGCAAUCAAGUUCUUCUCCGGUACUACCAGAGGCAAAGGCAGAGUGAUUCCCGGAAUGCCGCCAGGACAACCAUCCGCCUGUUGGAAAGCUUGAUUAGAUUAGCAGAAGCUCAUGCUCGGCUAAUGUUUCGUGAUAUUGUGACUCUGGAAGACGCUAUUACUGUGGUAUCAGUAAUGGAGUCUUCAAUGCAGGGAGGUACACUGCUGGGAGGUGUGAACGCUCUCCACACUUCCUUUCCUGAAAAUCCUCAGGCGCAGUACCAGAGACAGUGUGAACUUAUUCUGGAAAAACUGGAGCUGCAGAGCCUCUUAAAUGAAGAGCUUGAAAGACUUGAAAGGUUACGGAAUGAAAGUGCAUGCCAAUCCCAACCACGGGUGAUGGAGACAGAAACUGUUCCAGGGUCCUCCGGGAAUGAUAUAAGGGAAGAACCAAAGUUUAGAACUUCAACACAGCAGGACCUGAACUGUAGCCCACAUACUUCCUCCCUUGGAGGCAGUCCCCAGGGAGGCCCACUUCUAGACCUCCAACCCCAUCUGAGGUCUGACAAAACAACAAGUAGAAGACAUUCAGCUGAGCUCAAAGAUGGCAGAGAUGACGGUUUGGACUGGUUUGACUUCAUGGCACCAAAUAAGAUAGAACCUAAAAAUACCGUUCUCUCUCCUGGUCCUGAAGCAACUAAAAAAAACAAGGCGAUGAAAAUCUCUAAGAACAAAUCUCAAGGUAGGGAAAAGAGUGGGCCAGGCCAAGAAUGUGGGCCACUUCUCUCACCAGGAGCAACAGGUGGUCCACUGAGGCCAGGAAGUGUGGAGGGUAAAAAGGCCAAAAGGAGAGCACUGGUGUCUGAAACAGCAGUCCCUACUGAUGAGCCCGACUCGGUACUGACUCAUCAUGUCCCUAGCAGGUUGCUCAGGCUGCGCAAGGAGAAGGCCCAGGUGUCAUCCAAAAGUACCACCAGUGUGCCUUCACAGCCCACAGACCCUUCUGCUGCUCAGUCCAUUCCUGCACAUGGGCCAGAAAAAACACCAGAAAUAUCCAAAGGAAAGAGAUUGAGAUCCCUUGCUCAGGAAGAAGAGUCUGAACUUGAAAGUGUUAAGAUUCCAGUUCUCCCAGUAGCCAAAUUGGCAAAGUUUACUUUCAAACAGAAGUCAAAACUGAUUCACUCCUCUGAACAACACAGUCAUGCAUCUUCUGGCACAAGUAAAAUAACAGUUUGUAGUCCUAAAAUUCCCCAACAUAGAAUACGAAGAGAAGCAGCUGUGUCUGUGCAGGGUCCAGAAAAGCUGACCUCUACCUCAGGAAACAGAAACUUCAAUCAGCAACAGAGUGAAACAAAGGAGCUGUUACAUCAGCCACCAGAGAAGGAUGGAUCAAGAGAGGAGAAGGAAUGUGGCCCUGAAAAGAGGGUUAUUCAGCCUGAGUUGGAGCUUGGGAACAAGACUGGGCAUUCUCAUCUAACUUGUGAGACAGACAGAAAGGAAGAGGUUUCAUCUAGUAAGAAAAGCAACAAGGUUCACACUGGCACGUUGGCCAAAUUGGCAAACUUCUCUUUUACUUCCUUGCUGGAAUCCAAAUCAGAGUCCCCUCCUCCUCCUGAAAGGAAGAACUGGGGUGAGAGAGGCCCCAGCCCGCCUCCUCCAACCACAGAUCCAGUGCUUGAGAGUAAAAGGAAAUCUUUUCAGCUGCAGGGCUCCGCUGAGAAACUGAUUCUUUCUAAAAAUUCUCUCUUCACUCUAUCAGAGCUAGAUGAUGAAGCAUUAGAUUUUGACUGGGAUGAAGAGAUGAGAAAAAAGCCAUAAUUGUGGAAAGCUUUCUGAUCAAAUUCACCUUCACUGACUCAACAUAAUACCCUCAGAUUAUCAGUGUAGUAUUUAUAAGUGUAUGAACUAUCAUCCAUGUCCAUUUUGAGUACCAUUCCAAAUACCAGCUUCCCCAUCAAGUUUUAUUUUUCAGGUUUAUCUUCAUGACUUAAAAAAGUUGUCUAAUUUGAGUAAGAGUGGUAACAGCACUCGAAAUGAAUGGAUUGUGCUUAAUUUUGCAAAUGGAGUAUUCCCAAAGAUGGUUUUGUUAUUUCAUCUUUUUUUUUUUUUUUAAUGAGGAGGGGCUCAUUCCUAAAUCCCUUCUUUCAAGGAAAAAAAUGCUUCAAAGGUAGCACUCAUAAGUCCAAAGCAGAUGAACUCUUCUAUUUUUUCUUUUGUGUCUUUACCCAGGAUGUACUAAGUAUGGUGAAUAUUUAUUAUCACUUGGAAUUAUCGUGUGUUUUUCUAAUACUACUUUUGUGUUUAUUCUCAUGCACCAGAUUAAAUGUGGCUAAUACUUUUCUCUGAGAGGUAUCCUUACAACUUGAUAGCAUUCUGAAGAUCUGGCAGCUAGUCUAAUAGUAGCUUUCUGAAGUACUGAUCUUUUGAGUUUUCUUUUUUCUUGAUCCAACAUUAUGUGCCUCAGAUUCUUUUUUCCUCUCAGGGACCUAUGUUUCACACAACUUAAAUUAUUAUGUGGUCAGUAAAAAAGAGUGUAUCCUGGUCUCAGCCAUAUAUCAUGUCACAUGUACCGAAGUGAUUAAUAUGGAAAUGUGAUUCCUACUAAGAUAUGAUUCAUUUGUCUUUAAAAUAAAGCAAAUUAUUGUUUUUGACAGGAAUAGAUAACUUAAACUCUGUUUUUCUGUGUGCAUUUAAAUCACUUCUUCCUUUGGAUUCUAGCAGGGUCCUUGGGAUUACUUAAUUACAAUCUUUUUUCUCAGAAUUAUGCAUUUGUACCAUAAUGAUUGAUUCCUUAAUUGUCUGAAAAACUUUUGGGCAUGAAAAUUACUCAAAUAUAUGUACUUUGCUAAGCUUUUACUUCAUUAAAUUUAGAGAAAGCAAAAUUUGGGAAACAAAUUUUUCUUAAGCAUUUCAGCAUUAAUUCAAAUAUUGACUAAUUAAAAUUUCUAAAAAAAUUUAAACUAUGAGUACAAAUUCAGUAUGUAUAAGUCUUUUGAAGUCUUCAAACAUCAUAAACAGCUGAUAAAAGAUACAAGCAAUGAUCAUAAAAUUGACUUACACCUGUUCUAAAACAUUAAGAUUAUAGUGUAAGUAAUUUAUUAUUUCUUUACUUGGUCAGUUACUUCCUGUAUAGUAUGAUUCUUAAUCUAAUGUGUUCCUACUCUUAGUACUCUUUCUUUCCUGAGUUUCAUUAUUCUUACUUCAACAAAGGGGAAAAGAAAGGGUUUGGGUUUUUGACCAGUUGAAUCUAGUCUGGAUAUGGUUGUUGUAUAGACGAGAGUAAUUCAAACCUGAGCCACAGUGUGGAGCUGACUUUUUAUGUUUGUAACUUGGUAUAUUUUGUAGUAAUGACACAUUGGAUUUUACAUGCUUGACAAUACCUAACCUAUUGGCUUGUCAUUAGGGUAUUUUGAUCUCUUGUUAUCAUCAUUUAAAAUGUUUGUAUUCUUUGUUGGGAAUCUUCAUUCUGUUUCAUUUCUUAGUGAUAAGAAAUUCAGUUUUGUAGUUUUUAAAAAUUUUUUAUUCUUAUUAUAUAUGACAGCAGAAUGCAUCACAAUUCAUAUUACACAUAUAGAGCACAAUCUUUCAUAUCUCUGGUUUAUAAAAGUAUAUUCACACCAUUCGUGUCUUCAUACAUGUACUUAUGGUAAUGAUAUCCAUCUCAUCCCCCAGCACCACAAAAAAACCAAAUAAUUUUUGUAGUUUUUUCUAGUUAACUUGUCAAGAACAUUAAGUAAUUCAUAUUUUAAAAUACAGUGUUUAAUUGUAUCUCUUAUUUGGUCUUUUGUGUGAUCACCUGCGCUAUUUUCUAUGUGGUAUUAUUUGUGCCCAUCAUACUCCUAUUAUUUAUAUUAGGCUGACAACAUCCUAUUAUUUGUUCAAUUUUAGUACCUAUUACCAGGCUCAUCUGGCUGAAUUAUAAUUUCUUCUUGCUUAUUCUUUGGUGCCUACCCAGAUAGAAAUAACUACAUAUGGCAAUAUUAUAAACAAAAUUAUUAGCAGAAAAAUAUUUGGUGUAAACACUCACCUAAUUACAAAAAAAAAUUAAACUUUUAGUACAGCCUGA